GCGGCAGGGGGGUGCUAGAGGCAAAAGGGAGCAGCAGGGGGGCGCUAAGUGGCAAGGAGGGUGGCGGAGUGUGGCCCCCACCCUUUGGCCUGUGCCUUGCAGCAGUUACCUCCUUGCAAGCAAACAGCAAGAAAAAACAGCUGCUUUCAGCUUCAGCAUAGGCUAAUUAGCACAAGUUGAUUAGAUUGGCCUCCCGACUCUCUCAGCUGUUUUGCGCAGGGCUCUGCUGCUUGCUUCAAAGAGUGUCGGAGCAGAUUUGUUUUCCCCUUGUGCUAAUCAAGCUAUGCUGAAAACGAAACUGAAAGUAAAGCAGGCUGUUUGCUGCAAGAAAAAUGAGGCAGAGGCAGAGGGAGAUUUCUUUUUCUUCCUUUUCCUCACUAAAAAGGUAGGUGCAAACAAUGGGAAAUUUAGGGCAAAAGAGGAGAGUUCAAGAUUUUAAAACACAAAAGAAGAAAAAGAAAAAGGCAAAAAUAAAAUUGGGAAGGGAGAAAAAGAAAAAGAAAUGAAAGAGAAAGAUGUUAUACAUAUUUAGAAUUGAAAUAUGAAUAGUAGUAAGAAAUAAAUGGGAAAUCAUGAUUGUAAAAAUGAAAUGAAUAAUAAUUGGAAUAUUUGUCUUUUUAUUUUUAAAAUCUAGACAAUGAUAAGAUUUUCUUUUUUUCUUUUUUAGAAACAUCUCCCUUAGUGUCUCAUAUUCAUCCUUCUAAUUAUCCAUAUUUUCCAUGUUAAAAGGCUAGGAUUUUUAAGCUUAUUCUUUUCAUUUACAUAUGUGGGGGGGGGAUGCUUUUCAAGGAGCCACAAGGGGGGCUGAGAGCAGAGUCAUUCUGACAGUGUCCUUUAAAAUUGCUUGGAAGACCCAUUUUUUCCCUAACAAUAAUGGUUUGUAUACUUUGGAAUAAAACAUAUACCUGGAAAAAGUACUUGGAAAACUUGGACAACGAAAAGAAAGGCAGGACUGGACUCAUUAUCAGUAGCUAGUAGUUCAUUGUUAUCAGAGACUCCCACUGAUUCUAAACUCAUUUUAAGACUGGGAUUGCAGACUACUGAAAUUUAAGUAUUCAACAUUGGUCUCAGAAAUCUUUGAUUUGAACUAUGGCAAGAAAAAUCGUAAAAUUGGGCAAAAUUUUACUCCGGAAAAGGGUGGCAUAUAAAUCGAACCAAUAAAUAAAUAAAUAAAUAAAACUCACUUAACCAUAAUUUCUAGAUAUUUUAAGUGUAGAGAAUUCAAAUGUUGAGAACGACCCAUUAUUUCAUCUCCUUUUGCACACUAGGUACCAGUAUUUGAUUUCUUUUCCUUUUAUUCAAAUAACAACAGAAAACCCAAUACAGUUCAGUAUGAAUUGGCUUUCUAGUCCUUCCUUGAUGCACUUUUUCACAUUGGUAAUCUAGUUUAAAUGCCAAAGGAAAAUCAAUGAUAUAUAUUUCAGACCUUUGGAGGAUCACACUGUCAAUUGUUCACACUGCUCAAGCAAAACUAACAGGUGUGAAUUAAGCUUUAGCUAAAAAAUGGAGCUUUAAUUCCAGAAGUCCAUUCUUUAAACUUGGACUUCUGGAAUUAAAAGGCUCUGGAUUAAAUGGUACUCCAGACAAAAGAUGGAGAAGAGUAUCUUGCUUUUAGACAUAAUAGCUGUCAAGAAAGGUGAGUUAAUGAGCUAUUUUUACAUCAUCAGAAAUUUAAUUACCUGUUAAAAAUGCAAAGACAAGGAGUACAAGGAGCAAAUAAAAGACCUUCAUGUUGGGGUUGGUUCUGGACCAAAUCUUACUUGUGGGACAGAAACCAGCUCUCAGGCCUCCUUGUGACUUCUUGAAAAGAAUCCCCCCCACACACACGCUCCACCGCCUGAGGAGGCAGGGGAGGGCUGCAGGUUGAUCCCAAGGGGGUCUGGGAAUGGGUGUGAAUUCAUCCCACAGCCCUCUCCAUCCCCUCCUCUGUGAAAUUGCUUUCUCCCACUCACUGGUGGUCAGCAAAUUCAAAAGGAACCCCCAGCUGAGAAUCACUGCUCCAGAUUGGUUGAUUCAGGGGAUUUCUCUAGCGUUAACUAAUAGUGUUAGCUAUCUUUGUUACAGGGAUAAAUUUGUAUUGGAGCAGCCUGCAGACCUCCCAAAGGUUCUGCGCACCCUGUUUUUGCAAAAAAUGGGCCGGUUAUUCACAAAAACGGGACAUGCAGGGCAAGGCUUCAGGAGGCCAAAAAUGUCCGUAUUCCAUGUAUUUUAUUGUUACUAUCUUCCUUAGUGGGUCAUGCAAACCGCUAUUCCGAACAAUGCUAUUUAUAGGGGGUGGGGGUGGGGGCAGUGGUGGACAGUAAAACUGGCAGGAGGCCCCGCCCACCGACCCCAACAUCACCAAAACGCUUCUGUGCAUGUGCAGAAGAGUGCGUGCAUGCGUGAGCGAAGUGAGCAUUCGCGGCCCCACUGCAAACCGGUAGUAAAGAGUCUGGAUGCCUUUUUUAUAUUGUGGCGAUGAAAAGUGGUUGCAGUAAUCCAAGCGUUAAACAGACUAAAGCACUAUUAAGUAACACCAGCUGCCUGCAAUUACUGCAAGUUCAAAUCUCACCAGGCUCAAGGUUGACUCAACUUUCCAUCCUUUCGAGACAAAGAGGAUGGCAAUAAGAGCACUCUGCACAAUUGAGAAUAACAAGCAACAUUGAAAAGAAAAGAAAAUUGAGCCAGAAAUCAAAAUAUAUUCCAUCUCCUUCAAAAAACCACACAAUUCUCUUUCUCCAGCAGCUAAUAGACAAAAGAGAGAAAAUUAACAUGAGAUUUUGAGCUGGAAAAAGUAGAGGAUACGAAACUCAAGGAUACAUUGCAUGUAAAAUCAAGGAAGAUUAUUUUUCACUCAGAAAAAGAUGGAAAUAUCUGGAAGUUAGGGGGAAGGAAAAGGUCUUAUUGGGCAGGGCACAUACAGGCCUUGCUCUGGGAAGAAGCAGACACCAAUCAAAACACCACUAAACAAUAGAUUUUGAUUUAGUGGUAAUCAAAACAGCACUAAACAAUAGAUGACACAUAUUUUUGACCUCAAGAAUAUCAGUCGUGGAAAAGCUCCAUAGAUCUACCUAUUGUAGAAAAAGCACAGAUUGCAAAUCAUAGCUGAUUUAACAAGAAGAUCCCAACUGCAGAAAAGCCAUACAAAUUAUCUGAAUAUGCCAAAAAGUUUGGUCAGAACAGCUUCCUUGUGGUUCAUGGAACGACCCACACAGGAGAAAAGCCAUAUGAGUGCUCCUGAUGUGAACACUUUAGUGAGCAUGGCAACAUGGUAAUACAUCACAGGACACCCAUCACAUAAGAGUGUCCAAAUUGUGUGAAAGUUUCAUUGGAAAUUACCAUCUCAUGAGACAACAAAGGACUCACACAGGAGAGAAACCCUUUCAAUGUCCUGAUUGUGGGAAAAGGUUCAGUCAGAAUUGCAGCCUGGUGACACACCAGAGGACUCACACAGGAGAGAAACCAUUUGAAUGUCCUGAUUGUGGGAAAAGUUUCAGUCAGAAGUCCAGCCUAGUGACACACCAGUCGACUCACACAGGAGAGAAACCAUUUGAAUGUCCUAAUUGUGGUAAAAGUUUCAGUCAGAAUUCUAAUCUGUUGGCACACCAGAAAACUCACACAGGAGAGAAACCAUUUGAAUGUCCUGAUUGUGGGAAAAGUUUCCUUUGGAAUUCUGAGCUGGUGAGACACCAGAAGACUCACACAGGAGAGAAACCAUUUGAAUGUCCAGAUUGUGGGAAAAGUUUCAAUCGCAAUUCCAGCCUGGCGAUACACCAGAGGACUCACACAGGAGAGAAACCAUUUGAAUGUCCUCAUUGUGGGAAAAGUUUCUUUAACAAUUCCAGCCUGGUGAUACACCAAAGGACUCACACAGGAGAGAAACCAUUUGAAUGUCCUGAUUGUGGGAAAAGUUUCAGUCAGAAUUCCCACCUGGUGACACACCAGAGGACUCACACAGGAGAGAAACCAUUUGAAUGUUCUGAUUGUGGGAAAAGUUUCAGUCAGAAUUUCAACCUGGUGAAACACCAGAAGACUCACACAGGAGAGAAACCAUUUGAAUGUCCUGAUUGUGGGAAAAGUUUCAGUCAGAAUUCCCACCUGGUGACUCACCAGAAGACUCACAUAGGAGAGAAGCCAUUUGAAUGUUCUGAUUGUGGGAAAUGUUUCAAUCAGAAUUCCAACCUGGUGAAACACCAGAAGACUCACACAGGAGAGAAACCAUUUGAAUGUCCUGAUUGUGGGAAAAGGUUCAGUAACAAUUCCAACCUGCUGGCACACCAGAGGACUCACACAGGAAAGAAACCCUUUCAGUGUCCUGAUUGUGGGAAAAGUUUCAGUCGGAAUUCUACGCUGGUGAGACACGAGAGGACUCAUACAGGAGAGAAACCAUUUGAAUGUUCAGAUUGUGGGAAAAGGUUCAGUUACAAUUGCAAUCUGGUGGCACACCAGAAGACUCACACAGGAGAGAAACCGUUUGAAUGUCCUGUUUGUGGGAAAAGUUUCAGUCAGAAUUCCCACCUGGUGAGACACCAGAGGACUCACACAGGAGAGAAACCAUUUGAAUGUUCGGAUUGUGGCAAAAGUUUCAGUCACAAUUCCGGCCUGGUGACACAUCAGAGGACUCACACAGGAGAGAAACCAUUUGAAUGUCCUGAUUGUGGGAAACGUUUCAAUCAGAAUUCCAACCUGGUGAAACACCAGAAGACUCACACAGGAGAGAAACCAUUUGAAUGUCCUGACUGUGGGAAAAGGUUCAGUAACAAUUCCAAUCUGGUGGCACACCAGGAGACUCACACAGGAGAGAAACCAUUUGAAUGUCCUGAUUGUGGGAAAAGUUUUAGUCACAAUUCCAGCCUGGUGAAACACCAGAAGACUCACACAGGAGAGAAACUAUUUGAAUGUCCUGAUUGUGGGAAAAGCUUCAGUCACAAUUCCAGCCUGGUGACACACCAGAGAACUCACACAGGAGAGAAACCAUUUGAAUGUCCUGAUUGUGGGAAAUGUUUCAGUCAGAAUUCCCACCUGGUGAUACACCAGAGGACUCACACUGGAGAGAAACCAUAUGAGUGCCCAGACUGUGGGAAAGAUUUCAGUACUAAGACUAGCCUUUUAAAUCACAAGGGGACUCACACAGGAGAGAAACCAUUUGAAUGUCCUCAUUGUGGGAAAAGUUUCAGUCGCAAUUCCAGCCUGGUGACACACCAGAGAACUCACACAGGAGAGAAACCAUUUGAAUGUCCAGAUUGUGGGAAAAGUUUCAGUCAGAAUUCCAGCCUGGUGACACACCAGAGAACUCACACAGGAGAGAAACCAUUUGAAUGUCCAGAUUGUGGGAAAAGUUUCAGUCAGAAUUCCAGCCUGGUGACACACCAGAGAACUCACACAGGAGAGAAACCAUUUGAAUGUCCAGAUUGUGGGAAAAGAUUCAGAAACAAUUCCAGUCUGGUGGCACACCAGAAGACUCACACAGGAGAGAAACCAUUUGAAUGUCCUGAUUGUGGGAAAAGUUUCAGUCAGAAGUCCGGCCUGGUGAGACACCAGAGGACUCACACAGGAGAGAAACCAUUUGAAUGUCCUGAUUGUGAGAAAAGUUUCAAUCGCAAUUCUGACCUAGUGACACACCAGAGGACUCACACAGGAGAGAAACCAUUUGAAUGUCCUGAUUGUGGGAAAAGGUUCAGUCGCAAUUCCCACCUGGUGACACACCAGAAGACUCACACAGGAGAGAAGCCAUUUGAAUGUCCUGUUUGUGGGAAAAGGUUCAGUCGCAAUUCCAACCUGGUGAGUCACCAGAAGAUUCACACAGGAGAGAAACCAUUUGAAUGUCCAGAUUGUGGGAAAAGUUUCAGUCAGAAUUCCAGCCUGGUGACACACCAGAGGACUCACACAGGAGAGAAACCAUUUGAAUGUCCUGAUUGUGGGAAAAGUUUCAGUGAGAAUUCCAGCCUGGUGAGACACCAGAGGACUCACACAGGAGAGAAACCCUUUGAAUGUCUUGACUGUGGAAAAGGUUUCAGUCAGAAUUCCAACCUGAUGAAACAUCAGAGGACUCACACAGGAGAGAAACUAUUUGAAUGUCCUGAUUGUGGGGAAAGCUUCCUUUGGAAUUCUGAGCUGGUGAGACACCAGAGGACUCACCCAGGAGAGAAACCAUUUGAAUGUCCUGAUUGUGGGAAAAGUUUCAGUCAGAAUUCCAAUCUGGUGAUACACCAGAGGACUCACACAGGAGAGAAACUAUUUGAAUGUCCUGAUUGUGGGAAAAGCUUCCUUUGGAAUUCCGAGCUGGUGAGACACCAGAGGACUCACACAGGAGAGAAACCAUUUGAAUGUCCUGAUUGUGGGAAAAGUUUCAGUCGCAAUUCCCACCUGGUGACACACCAGAGGACUCACAGAGGAGAGAAACCAUUUGAAUGUCCAGAUUGUGGGAAAGAUUUCAGUACUAAGACUAGCCUUUUAAAUCAUGUGCUUAUACACAUGGGAGAAACCAUUUAAGUGCCCCAAGAGUGGACGGUACUUCAGGAAACAUUCCACCCUUAUUGCACAGAAGAAAAUGUGCAUGGAUUUUCCAAAGUGAUGAGUGAUGGUUCCCAAAGGGGCCGUACCAAAGUGGGGGGCCGGUGGGAUGACUUAG